UUAUUGUUGAUGUCGUUUUCAUCAACUUUUCAGUUUUAAAUUUUCAUAUUUAUCCUAAAUAAUAAAUGAGAAUCGAUUCAUUUAAACAAUAUUUUAUUUUAAACCUUAUAUAAAACAUUUAAAUAUAAAAUGUCCCGUCAAACUUCAAGAUUAGAUUCUAAAAAAGUCAAUUCAGAGUUAUUAACUCUUACUUACGGAGCCCUUGUAUCUCAAAUGUUAAAAGAAAUUGAAAAUCCUGAAGAUGUAAAUAAACAGUUGGAAAGAAUUGGUUACAAUAUGGGCGUAAGACUAAUUGAAGAUUUUCUGGCUCGAACUUCAUCAAAUCGUUGCUUAGAAAUGAGAGAAACUGCUGAUAAAAUACAACAAGCAUUCAGGUUAUAUUUAAACAUGCAACCAACAGUAACAAGCUGGAGUAGUGCUGGGGAUGAAUUCUCUCUGGUGUGGGACCAAUGUCCGAUAAGUGAGUGGGUUGAGAUGCCGAACAAUGGACUCAAGUACUGUGCGCUGAUACCAGGAGCCAUCAGAGGUGCAUUGCAGAUGGUCCAGUUAGAUGUUCAGUGUUGGUUUGUUCAGGAUCAGUUGAGAGGUGACUCAGUGACUGAGCUGAGGGUGAAAUUUAUUAAGAGACUUGAAGAUGCUGUUCCAGCUGGCGAAGAUUAACUGUAACAGCUUAAGAUUUAGUUAUUAUGCCCAGUCCUGUUUCUGUCUUGAUAUCACACUUAUAUGAUAACACUUAAAAUUGUUUCUCAGAACUAAUUACAUACAGUAAAAAUGGGCAUGAUUCGGGUAUAUAAGACUUAUAGAAUAAAUGGUUUUAAGAAAAUAUAAAUUAUGAACAGAUUCUGAAAAAUGACCCAGGUUUGAUGCAGUCCCACAAGAUAGUCAGACCAAAUUCUAUCUUUUCUGAACAUUAACUUCCACAAUGCCCUUCAUGAAGUUAAGGAUGGCAGCAGAUUGAUUGGGUUAAGUGAAAAGAUAUAAAGACAAUACGGCAAUCACUUGGCAUUAUGGUUGUUUUAAUACGCGUUAUUAUUGAUUUCUGGAAUGAGACGUCAUAGUCUACCAAAAUUACGUUUUUGUGUGAAAUACCUUCAAAAUAGAUUGAUAAGUAUAGCGUCUUUUUUUGUUUUUUUUUUUUUUUUUUUUUUUUUUUUAUCGAAUAUAGUUGACCUGUACCAACUUAGCACUGGAACCCUAUGUUGUAAAUAACCCAGAAUAUGCAAUCUUUUACUUUCGUUUUACUUUCUAAAACGUAGUAGUAAAACGUAGAAAAGUUGUAUGUAAAUCCAUUUCUGACGCGAUAUUCCUUUUUUAUUUCGUUUGAAAAUCUUGACACUUAGAUAAUUUAUAUGUCUAGAUAGAGUCUCUCGCUGUUUAGACAUCCGAUAAAAACAGGCCAUUUUUAACACUAGUGUGCAUGACCAGCUUCGCCUUAAACUCUUGAUUUGUAUGAUUAGUAUGCGUACAUUGCUCGAAAUAGAGGUUAACUCUGAACUCAAUUUUUUUCCACAUUGUCACAGCUGGUAUAUUCUAUCUAGACGUAUUAAGGUUAGAUCCUAGAUAUUAGACCGUUUUCAAUAGCGUAUCUCUAGUUACGGAUAGAUUGCUAUCACCGUUUUAUUACAAGAUCUUAUCUAUACAUAGUUAUGUCCAAUAUAGUUACAUUAUUAGUUAUAGUCCAAUGCUAUAUAUCGAUAGGUUAUUAAAAUGUAAGUUAGCGUAAAACGAUUGAUUUGUCUACCUCUAGUAAGUUAAACUAAGGACAGAUAGGUUAUUGAAAGCGGCCGUAUGUUCUGACGGCCGUUCCCAAUAUCUUAUCUACAGAUAGAGAUACUACCUUCUACUGUCAGUAAUAAGCUGUCCCAAUAUACCCGAUAAGUCAUUCUUAUUGCCUUAUAUUGGAACGUGAAUUGCAAUUUCCAUACAGACUUCUAUCGCUGGUAAGCUAUACGUCCUCCCAUUCACAGACAGUGUGGACGGAUAAGGUGAGUUACCGUCGAUAUGAUUUUUGGCACAGAAAAGUCAACGAUAGCUACGAUUUUUAUCUCAAGUAGGCCACAACCGGAGAUAGACUGAACAUUGGGAACGGCCGUUAACCGAUAUCCACACUGGCUAGUUACAAUUUAUAAACUACUAGCUUGAGACCGGUUCACCUAAACAAAUACAUAUUAUAUACAAUAGUUUAUAUUAAAAGUUAAAUACUCUUUCGUUAAUUACGAAAUUUGUAGAAGUUUAUAUACAAUAAGUAUGUAAGUAUUUAGUUUUUCCCUGUUCUUGUAAAGAAAUAAUGUCACCGCAGAACUGAAACUGUAUGUCAAAAAUUUAUCUCAUAGCCUUAGAUAAGCUUUGGUUUGCGCUGCGCUCCAACUAGAUACCGCACUACCUAAGAACAAUAGCUUUUUUUUUAUUACGGCAACUAAUAUUGUAGUGUCUUGGCUAUUUGUUAAGACGCUUGUGUGCGUUGGCAUCUUGACACUCAAUUGCAUCUUUCAAGUUUUGUAACUUAUAAACGCUUUGUGUAAAAUAUAAAAUACUUACUUAAUGAUGAUAUGUGAUCCCAGUGUCUUUCUUUUUUAUUGUAGUAUUAUUUAUACAAAGUUUUGCGAGGCAAUCCGGCAUUUUAGUUUCAAUUAUUAGCAAAGUUUAACAGAACAUGUGGCACGUCCACGUCACACAUUGUUCGAUGUUGGCUCGAGUACGCUCACUUGGGCGUAGUAUUAGUUGCGGCACUUCGUGACUACCCGAGACCAAUUCUUAACCUAAGUUCGUAGCAUUAUUCAUAAAGAAAUAAAAUAUUAUGAUGUAAAAAAUAUCAGAAUCACGAAUUAAAAUGAAAAAUUAGCCUAUCUCUCACGUUGGUCAAAUUACACACAGUGUUCAAAAUUUGAUUAAAAUCGGUUCAGUAGUUAGGAGUUCAUCGCAAUUAAAAAACGCGACACUAAAUUUUUAUACAUAAAGAUGUGACAGCUAUUGAAAUUUUUAUAAGGCUUCAAUUGGUCUUUGCGUUUAAUUUGUAACAAUGAUUUUAAAUAAACAAUUUAUUUGCUAAAAUUAAAAUAAUUAAUAUUUUUCCUCGUAGGUGUAUAAAAUAUGUAUUAAGUUGGGUAUUUGGAUUCCAGUACUCAGGUGUAUUGAGGCCUUCGACUUCGUCUUGAACCUUAGUAAGCAUUGGCCAAUUUCUCUUGAUAGACAUUUUAAUAAUUAUAAUAAAUAUAGUUUAUUUCAAAGAUCGCUUUAUGCAUUUUAGUGGUUGGGGCUUCCUAGUUAGUUGUCUUAGGACACUUGUAUUGGGAAAUACUAAGAUUGCCCAUCUGUAUUAAAGCAUCUCCUGUUAUAACCCUAUGCGAAGGCUAGACGAUAAAUAAACUUUGUGAACCGCAGUUAUCCAUGGCAUAUUUUUGAAGUUAUACUUCAGGCGCGUUUUGGAAAAAUGUUGAGAGUGAAAUUUUUAAAUGCGCGCGCAUCACUGUAACACAAAAGUAACAGGGUGAAGUUGGUUCCUAAAAUUUUCUGACAUUUGCGUCGGAAAAAUACACUAAAACUACGACAGGCAAAGGGUUCAAGCCCAUACAGCCGUAUUCGUUAUUCAAUAAUCAAUUGUCAAAGCUAUCUUUAAAAGAUUUUUACAAAAUUGUUCAUUCUAAAAACGUAGAAUAGCACGAGGAAUAAAUAAUUUUAAUGAUUUUUUGCUUCGUUAGGCCAAAGAAGUAUUACCUACUUCUUGCGUGCGUACAUAAGUACACACACACUUUUCUUACUGUCCAUGUAGCCUGGGUAUAUACAUACCACCAAGUCCCGUAUGUAUGUAUACUCGUUUGCGUUCGUUUUCCUUAUGGUAUGUUUGAUCAUUUGUGGCGUUUGAUUUACAUUCAAUCUUGUAAUUAUCACCAAGCUAAACUAAACCAUGGGACAAUUGGGUUUUGAUUUUCUAUAUUUAUAAUUAUUUACAAACUUCACGAAAUGUUAUGGACUUAAUCGAACAUAUAGGAAAUCUAUUAUGUUUUCUGUGCUAUAGCGUCAUUAAGGUCACUUGUUAAGCUUUAUUUAUAUCUGUUGUUAUUUAAUUACGUUGUAUAUUAUGUAGAGUGUAAUUUAUUUAAAAUAAAUAUUAUACAAAUGA